CCUAAACUAGUACAAACAACUACUCCUUAGUCCUUGGCGGAGGGAAAAACAACAUCUGCCUUAUGAAUUAAAACUAAGCCAGCGUAACUAAUAUUUGCGCGUACCUGGCUCUACAUGUGGACACAUUAUUUCUAAAUAUUUUCUAAGCUUUUUAAAACAUAACAAUAAAUCUACAGCUAAAAAACAAUCACACAAUAUAUAUUAUAUAUAUUAGCCAUAUUCAGUCGAAAGUGGCAGGGCAACUGAAUCGCUGGCGAGAAAGUUUGCCUUUUCAAGCAGUCGCGAAUUCGCCGCCGCCGUGGCACGACGCACGUUCGGAUACUAGCGAUACUCGUACCGGCACCGGAACUUAAAUACUAGUGAAAUACUUUACAAAUACUCUAUAGUUGUUCAGUGAAGUUCGUGAAAAGGAGUAUUUUAGUGUCAGUGGAAAAAUGAACAUAAUAUGGUGCGUGGUGGGAUUGCUAGCCGUGCUCUGCUCUCCAGCCAGCGGACACGGUCGCCUCACUGAGCCCCCCUCCCGCGCCUCUGCGUGGCGGUUCGGCUUUGACACCCCCCACAACUACAACGACCACGAGCUGUACUGCGGCGGCUUCACCAGGCAGUGGAAGAAGAACGAGGGGAAGUGCGGCGUCUGCGGGGACGCCUGGGACUCCCCCGUGCCCCGCGCCCACGAGCUCGGCGGACGCUUCGGAAAAGGUGUCAUAGUACGACGAUACGCCCCUCAAGACCCUAUCACAAUCAAAGUCGAACUAACAGCAAAUCAUAACGGCUUCUUCGAAUUCAGAGUCUGCGAGGAACCCAAAGCCACCACCCAGGAAUGCUUAGACAAAAAUGUUCUAAAAAUCGAUGGGAGAGACGGCACCAAAUACUACCCGCGCGACGGAAAUAAAGUUUACGAGAUGAAAUACCGCUUGCCAGAGGGCCUGGAAUGUGCGCACUGCGUGUUGCAAUGGCGGUAUAUAGCCGGAAAUAACUGGGGUACCUGUGAGAACGGGACCGGGGCAGUGGGCUGCGGGCCGCAAGAGGAAUUCAGAGCUUGCGCGGACAUUGCUAUUGGAGAUCGCUUCGCCACUACUACAAGAAGGCCGAGGCCGAGCUACGUGCCUCCUGGCAGAAGGCCAACCGUGCCCGAGCCCGAAGAAAACACGUCCAGCAAUGCGUGGUACGGCGUCGUUGUGGCUGUGGUCGCGCUGCUCGUCGCUGUGUCCGUCCUCGCCGGUUUCUACCUGUACUACUACAGAGGAGGCAUGAGAAUCAAAAGCCUCCUGAAGAAAACCCCUCCCCCCGCGCCUGUCCCGCCACCACGACACAAGCGAUCCUCCCUUUCAAGAGAACAUCCACCAGAACUGACCUCACCUAAAGUAGCCACGAUCUCCGACUCCGGUUUCGAGACAGUAGAUCUCAGAGCAAAGUAGACUUAAAAUGAUUACCUAACACUGCCUUUAAUAGUGAUAUUUUUAGUGUGCGUGACUGUGUGAAUAAGACUAUGGUUCAAAGAGAAUCUGUGAAGAAAUGAGAUUUUGAUACAAUUCUGAUCACUAUCGUGGUUUCCAUGUUUACGUGGAAAUCUGAUGAUUUUUACCGGUCUUAUUAAAACUUGAUCAUAAAUACGCCAAUACGCCAUACGCUAAUAAGUAGGUACCAUAUGUAUUUCCGUUGCGUACAGUUAUUCUCAAUUUAGAAAUUAACAAAUCAUUAACAAAUGUAUGGGUAAUAAAAAAAAUAACUAGGUAAGUCACAAAAAAUUAGGGAGUACUCUCGGUACUGGUUUUCUAUACAAAUGCAGUUCCGGAACCGAGACAUCUAAAUAAUGUUUUCACAAUAAAUACGUAGAAAUUGAUGGAGUCGUAGUAAAUUUUGUCGUAUUUCUGGUCAAGUUAUGCCGGUAAUAGUAGCGUUCAGUUUUGGACUGACGCCAUGGCAAAGGCUUAUAAAUUCACUUGAUACCACAGUAAUGUGCCAAAAAAGUUUUCACAAACUGCAAAGAUCCCAUGAAUAGUUCCCGGUAUUUUUCUGCACGUUUAUUGACAAAUCUUCUUACUGUUAUUUUCGAUUUCUAUGCCACUUGAAAUAGACGCGACGUAAAUGUUAAAUGAAACAGUCGUCAACAGUAAAGAACAUUGAGUAAUAAUCACUAACCUGAACGGGAACUUUCUAGUGUAAACUUGCAUUAGAAUUUUCUCAUGAAAGUUUACAGAGUUUUGGAAAUUUUCAAAAUGUGCUGCAACUUACACAUCGAUAAAUACGACACAUAUAUGCAAGUUUAGCUAGUCGUUAUGAGAAAUAUGUUGAUAGGUCUUUUUUGCAAACAAUUACUAAUUUGCACCUUACGUAUAUAAAUGAUCCAAACAACGUUUCGCUGGUCUGUUGUUAUAUUUGUAACGUAAACACAUUCUCGUCCUUAUGUUUUAAGAAUUAGAGUCUACAUUUAAUAAUCGAUAAGUUAAUAAGAAUGCAAUGACUAUACAAAAUGUCCAAGCGAGUAUGUAGUUUAAUAUAAAAACGGUGCCACACAAUACCAGCUGACCUUAUAUAGAUCAAGUGUUUUUAAGGUCUGCGCCAUGGAGGCUAAAGUACUUGAUGUUAUGUUAAGUAAGUAGUUUUAAUUAGCUGACCUAAUGAAAUUUUUGUAAAUUAUAUUUAUGUUGUUAAAUUAAAUGAUUUAGAUAUA